AUGAAUCCAGGUGCUGGAGGUGCACAGAAAAAGGCUGACGCCCAAGAUUCAGAUUCGGCCAUGGAUAUAUCAAGUUCAGAAGACAGCACCUCACUGAUGGCCAAAGCUGUGUCAAAGCCAAACGUGGGUGCUGCAUCCUCUUCGCGACUUGGUGGUCUAUCCGCAGAGGACCAGUCGUACGCAGAAGCCGUCCUGACCAUCAUAUGUUCACAUCCAGCAGCCCAACCUUUUCUACGACCCCUCGACCCAGUGAGGGAAAAUGCACCCAACUACUUUCGCGUAAUCGAAAAGCCCAUGGACCUCGGGACGGUCGAGAAACGGUUAAAGAGCCACAAGGAUCCAAGCACGAGGAAAAAAUUCGAACGCUACCCGAAUGUACAAAGUUUUGUGGAUGAAGUUAAUCUCGUGUUCGAUAAUUGUUUCAAGUAUAAUGGCACACUGCAUAAUGUGUCGCAGCUUGCGAUCCAAGUCAAAAAGGUAUUUGAAGAAAAGAUGGCAGAAGCUCCUAGUGGAAAGGGGCUUAAAUUUACCCUGGUCCCGAAACCGGCAUCUGCACCCACAAACGAUAAACAAAAUACGGUCCCUAGGAUUAUACAUGGUUCUGCCAAACAUCAUAGUCCAAAUGCACCAAGGAAGCGGGGUUUGCCCGGAGGGCCUCUCGCUCCUGCGUCGGUCAGUCGCUCGAGGCGUGACCCCAUCCGUAUCGCACAAGACAAAUUUUGUAAAGCGGUCCUCGACCACCUUUAUCACCCACAGCACGAAACCGCAGCCUUUCCUUUCCUUCGCCCUGUCGACCCAGAUCUUUAUCCGGAUUAUUUCUCUCAAAUUCAAAGGCCUAUGGAUCUCUCUACUGUUCAAGACAAGUUAUCGCAUGGAGCAUAUGGGUCUGCUGGCGAUUUCAGAGACGACAUCAAGUUGAUGUUUGCUAAUUGCUAUCAAUAUAACCCCAGUUGGGCCACUGUCUG